AUGUCCGAACAUCCUCCGCCAGAUCAAACCCUCACUUCCCUGACCUCUCAUCUCGACGCCCUCGAAGCCGUCCUCGCCCCUCUUGAAGCCAAGCCAUGGUCGGACACUACCGAUAGAUUAUCAACACUUGAGCGUACGAAGAUGGACGUACUUGGAGCGUAUCUGAUAAACGAUCUGAUAUGGAUCUAUAUGAAGAUGAAGGGUAUCGAUCCUGCAAAGCACGAGGUCACCGCUGAGCUCGAACGGAUCAAAGUGUACUACGGCAAAAUUUCCUCGGCAGAGGGCAAAGAAGAGGCUCGCCCGCGAAUUGAUCAGGCUGCCACCCGCCGCUUUGUCUCAAACUCCCUCCCCCGAGCCCAACACCUGCCCCUGACAAACUCUGCCGAACUCGCCGCUCGUCAAGCAGCAUAUAUCGCUGCUGAGCAGGACGCCGAAAACACGCUGAGGCGAUUCGGCAAGGCAUCCCGAUUCAGGCAUAUACAGGACGAGGGCAGCGUAAAGCUCGUCCCGGGUGAUGCCCGAGAUCUCGAGGACGAGGAUGUCAUGAUGGCUUCCGCCGAGCAAGGACAACAGCAGGCCGAGGAUUUCCUGAAAGCCUUUGAGGGAGAGAUGCAAGCAUAA